AUGUACGCUGCAACUUGCAAGGUACUUGAGUAUCUUAUAGUUCAUUCUCCAAAUAGAAGAUCUCGUGCUGAGGCUUAUGGUGUUUAUGAAAUCAUUAAAAGCUUUGAAUCUGUAUUCUCAUUGCAUUUAAUGCAUAAAAUCUUGGGAUUCAGUGACAUACUUUGUCAAGCUCUUCAAAAAAGAUCUCAAGACAUCGCGACGGCUAUCAGAUUUGUCUCCACCACAAAAGGUCUCCUUCAAGAAUUUAGAGAAGAUGGUUGGGAAGAAUUUCUUAAUGAGGUGAAAACUUUCUGUUUAAGAAAUGAUGUUGAUAUACCCGACCUAAACUCGUUUUAUAAGAUUGGUCGUCCUCGUGAAGAAGUUAUGCUUGAGCGUCAUUACCACUUUAAUGUUUUUAAUGAAGCCAUAGAUUUCCAACUGAUGGAGUUAAAAACAAGAUUUAAUGAACUAACGGUAGAACUCUUUUCUCUCACUAUUGCUUUGGAUCCUCAAAAUUCUUUUGAAUCAUUCAAUGGGGAUGAUAUUUGCAAACUUGCAGAGAAGUUUGAGUUGAAACAUUAUGAGUAUGAUGUGAUUCGUGAUCCUCGAUUUCAAGUUUCUUCACUUUCUGAAUUAUGCAAGCUUCUAGUUGCAAGUAGAAGGUCGGAGAAUUACAUUCGACUACUGAGCAAGCCUUUUUCAGCAAUGAAACAUGUGAAUACAGCAAUUCGUAAUAGAAUGGAGGAUGAGUUUCUUGCUGAUUGUAUGACGCUCUACAUUGAACGAGAAUUUGUUGAGAAAAUAGAUGUAGAUUCUAUUAUCGACAAGUUUUAUGCAGUUAAAGCUCGACGGGCACAACUUCAAUAG